UAAUUGAUAGCAUCGAUGUAAAAACCGGACUUAAAAGGACCCCAAUUAUGUCAUGUGAUGUUUUACACUUGUGUCAUUGGCUGUUUUAUUAAAGACCUUCACAGUAAAUUUCCAUCACGUCAUAGUGUGAUUACAAAUAUGCUUAGAUUUCUGAAAUAGCGUCACUUUGUUCAUAAGAUUGUGGGGAGUAUCAGAGAGGUCCGUGGUAUCAUCUCAAUAUUGAGGAUUCUCCUUGGAAGGAGAGACUUCUAGUUUAUAAAUAACAAUUUGGAUGUUCUGAGGAUAUAUGGCUAGUGUAUCGGUGUAAAACUUUAUAUGAAGUCACCAUCACGUAGUCUACUGGUAAACAAAAAUAGACACUCAUUCUGAGGAAAUCCGGCUAGUCUAUGUAAAACUUUAUAAAAAGUCACCACGUAGUUAGUUUGGUAAAAUAUACAUUUAUUCUGAGGAUAUACGGAUAGUUUGUCAGUGUACAACUUUAUAAGAAGUCACCACGUAGACUACGGGUAACACAGACACCCAUUCUGAGGAUAUAUGGCUAAUGGCUAGUCUAUCAGUGUAAAAAUUUAUAAGAAGUAACCACGUAUAGUCUAUUGGUAAAAUAGACACCCUUCCUGUGGAUGAAUGGCUAGUCCAUCAUUGUAAAACUUUACAAGAAGUCACCACGUAGUCUAUAGGUGCGUACAGAAACCGUAAAACAUGGCUUCCAAUCAAGACAUUCCAGAAGAAGCCUUUGAAAUUCACAACCAAAUGGUGGAUUAUCUUGGUGAACAAAUUAAUGAUGACCACCUAUGCCGACUUAAGGCGCUGUUCAAUAAUAUCCCACUUACUGCUAACGACAAUAAAAAAAUCCAUGAUAUAUCUGGCUUAUUUAACCGUCUAAUGGAAAAAGAGAAGAUAGGUAUUGGCAACUAUACAAAAAUGAUAUCAAACCUUCGGCAGAUCAAUCCAAAGCUGGCAACAUAUGUGGAGAAAAAAGAAAUAGAAAUUAAAAAAAUCAUCAAUGGAGAUCCGGCUGCCAUGAUUGUUACAACAGCAGACACAGGCCAAGCCAAAAAAAUCCAUCCUGACUUAGAACCCAUGAUAGACACAGCCAAAGCCAGAAUAAAAAAAGAAAAAGAGGAGAAAAAAUUCUACCCCACCAAAGGUUUCUGUGAUGCUAAAGACAAGCUUCAAAAGAACAGGGUUGUUGUCAUCAAGGGAAACACGGGAGACGGUAAAACAGCAAUCGCCGUUCGACUCCUUCAUUGGUUGAGUGAGGAGCAGCAAGCCGGACAACCCCUACAAAUUCACAAGUUUAAGAAAUUAGAUUUAUUGGCUCCAAACUUGAAAUUAAUCACUUUUAUUGAUGAUAUUUUUGGUGAGAAAGAUGUAUGUAAAAAGGAUGUACAAGAGUGGAACAAAAGAAUAUCAGACGUUGAAACACUUUUUGUAGAUAAACAAACCCAGCCCAAUUUUCUCAUCAUUACUAUUCGUAAUGAAGUAUUCAAUUCUUUGGAAAAACGUUCUCUUGGAGCAAUUUUAACCAAAGAUAACAUUAUUGAUCUGAGUUCGCAAACAUACAUACUUGCAGAAGAAAAAAAUGAACUUUUAGAGCUGUAUAAGCCAAAAAACCUUUCAUGGACAGAUCAAGAAAAAAACCAAAUUUCAAAUUAUGCACCAAACAUUGGAUUCCCACAAUGUUGCCAGCUUUUCUACAAUUCUGAAGAAAUGCAGAAAGAGGGAGUUAAAUUUUUUGAAAAUCCAUUUCAUUUCUUGAAUGAAGCAUUGUCAAGAUUACAAGAAUGUUCUGCACUUUUGUGCCUCUUCCUCAAUAACGGAAUGCUAAGAGUAAAAGAUCUUGAUCCAAACAGUAAAAAAGUCGAUGAAAAAUUGCUGGAAGAAGCUUUUGAAAUCAAUUUGAUUGAUGCUGAAGAUGACAGUACAAAAUUGACAUAUAAGAAAAAAGUAGAAUUUGUAAAAGAAAGUUUAGACAAAUUGUUAGGAUUUUUAGUAGUGAAGCAGAAACAUCGGUGGCUUGGUAAGGAUUUAGUAGUGACAGGGAAACCUUUGUUGUAUAGUGGGGAUGUGUACAGAUUUAAUCAUGGUUCUAUUGAUGUUGCUGUGGCAUUUUUGUAUGGAAAAGUCACACCGAUUGGCUACAUACAGAAUUGUCCCAGCAAAUUCCUCAGUUAUCUAACAACCUCAGAGACAGCUACAAAUAUGAUUGUCAUAUCAUCUGACCAUUAUACAGAAAUGUGUGAGCGUCUACUCCGAGAGUUUGAAUGUCAGAAAAAUCAAUUUGGUACUAGUAUUGGCUCUCUAGAUGUAUGGAAUGAUCCUGUAUUUGUUAAAAGAUUUGUCGGGUUGUUGAAUGACAGAAAAGUUGAUAAACUUGCUGUGUUGAAUAAAGCAUGUUAUUCUGGUGUAGAAGAAUGUGUUUUAUAUCUUCUGUCAGAAGGUGUAAAACCUGACAAGGACACAGCAUGGAUCUCAUUGAUUGCCAGACAUUGGAAUGAUAGUAACAGACAAGUGUGCUUACUUAAGAAACUUUGUGAAUACUUGAAUAAUGAGACAAAAGUUGAUGUGUUAAAUAAAGCCUGUUUUCGUGGUGUAGAAGAAUGUGUUUUAUAUCUUCUGUCAGAAGGUGUAAAUCCUGACAAGGACACAGAAUGGUUCUCAUUGAUUUACAUAUAUUGGAAUGAUAGUAACAGACAGGUGUCUUUACUUAAGAAAAUUGUUGUAUACUUGAAUGAUGAGACAAAAGUUGAUGUGUUGAAUAAAGCAUGUUCUGAUGGUGCAGAAGAAUGUGUUUUAUAUCUUCUGUCAGAAGGUGUAAAACCUGACAAGGACACAGAAUGGAUCUCAUUGUUUUACAGACAUGGGAAUGAUAGUAACAGACAAGUGUGCUUAGUUAAGGAAAUUGUCGUAUACUUGAAUGAUGAGACAAAAGUUGAUGUGUUGAAUAAAAUAUGUUCUUCUGGUGCAGACGAAUGUGUUUUAUAUCUUCUGUCAGAAGGUGUAAAACCUGACAAGGACACAGAAUGGAUCUCAUUGUUUUACAGACAUUGGAAUGAUAGUAACAGACAAGUGUGCUUACUUAAGGAAAUUGUCGUAUACUUGAAUGAUGAGACAAAAGUUGAUGUGUUGAAUAAAGCAUGUUCUGAUGGUGCAGAAGAAUGUGUUUUAUAUCUUCUGUCAGAAGGUGUAAAACCUGACAAGCACACAGCAUUGUGGUCAUUGAUUGCCAGACAUUGGACUGAUAGUAACAGACAAGGGUGUUUACUUAAGAAAAUUUGUGAAUACUUGAAUGAUGAGACAAAAGUUGUUGUGUUAAAUAACGCAUGUUUUUGUGGUAAAGAAGAAUGUGUUUUAUAUCUUCUGUCAGAAGGUGUAAAACCUGACAAGCACACAGCAUUGUGGUCAUUGUUUUACAGACAUUGGAAUGAUAGUAACAGACAAGUGUGCUUACUUAAGAAAAUUGUUGUAUACUUGAAUUAUGAGACAAAAGUUGAUUUGUUAAAUAAAACAUGUGAUUCUUUUGCAGAAGAAUGUGCUUUAUAUCUUCUGGGUGAGGGAGUAGAACCUGACAAGGAGACAGUGUUUAGUGUGGUGGAGAGAGGGAGUGUGAAAGUAUUACGUAAACUACUGCAGUAUGACGUUACUCCUACAGCGAGGGAUUCUAUCAAUAGAAAUGUCCUACACAGGGCGUGUUUGUAUACCUAUGAGAGAGAAGAGAUGGUGAUGUUGUUAUGCGACACUUACCCACACUUGGUACAUGAUAGUGCAGGAGGACAAACCCCGCUUAAUGUUGUGGCAGGGACAGGAAAUCGUUUUAUGUUUCAGCCAGUGGAGAGAUGUGUACUUAACACCUUAAAUAGAGUUGAGGACCAACAACAUAAGUGUGAGUCAGUUGAUGGUCGUGUAGUUCAUAGGAACUGUGUGUGUGCUCAGUACAUGGCUCAGUUUGUGGAUGUGUCAGGGAGAACGGUGUUACAUUAUAGCUGUGUGAUGGGUAACAGUGAGGUUUGUUUAUAUUUAUGUCAGUCGUACCCAGCACUAACUACAGCUGUAGAUAACGACGGGAGAACGGUGUUACAUUAUAGCUGUGUGAUGGGUAACAGUGAGGUUUGCUUAUAUUUAUGUCAGUCGUACCCAGCACUAACAACAGCUGUAAGUAAGGACGGUCGUCAUUGUCUUCAUUACUUAGCUAGGUCAAUGUUGUCAGAUGUAGACAUGUUCGCCGAGUGUGAAACUCGUGUAAAACAAUACCUAGAAUCUACAGGACGGAAGUAUGACAUCACAACCAUACUUGACAAUAACGGGAAAUCUGUUUUAGACAAGGCGAAGGAAGGGGCAGAGGAAAGGGCGAAGGAAUGGGGGACAGAAAACAAUCGUUUGUUAGAUCAUCUUAUUAAAGUGUUUGGUAAAUAAAUAUGAUAAUGAUUUCCCAAAAAAUAAUGUACAAUUAUUAUCAACACAAACCUUUUAAAACAAUCAUGUGCAAAGAUCAUGUCAAGAUGAAUUGUUUAAACGAGGAUUUUUUUCAGUUUUGAAAAGUUUUCUGUGUAAGUUUAUAAUGAGAAUGUGUAAUCUCCUCCAUGGAAAUUUUAAAAAGUUUGCAAGUAUGAAUGUGAAGUCCUGUGGAUGAAUGAAACCCAAACAGCAGUUAACUUGGAUACAUUUUUGAUAAAUUGGAACGAUAUCAAGGAUAAACAUCAUGUCUAGAGUAUAUAUUUUACCGUGGAUUACACAGUUCACCUGUAGAGAUUUGUAAACCUCAUCAUUUCAAAUAUUAUCAAGACAUUUUUUUAUUGUAUUUUUUUAUAGAUUGUUCAAUUUGUUGAUCUUUAAUUGUCUAAACCAAUUUAUUUAUAAUAGAAUUUAUCCUCAUUUAUUGGAUGGUAGACUUGUAUUUUUUUCAAUUCAAUGAGUUCAAAAAACGAACUUUAAUUCUUUUGCAAGGAGUGUUAACUGGUACAAGGAUGUCGCCUUCAGGCUUCGGCAGUGGGGAAAAAUUGCGAGGAGGUCUGGCCUCACAAAUGACAAAACAGACUUUGUCAGGAGUGAAAUAUGACUUGUUUCAGGUAUAAAUUCACAUUUAGCAAGAUAAAAAGUCCAUUUAGCAAAACUGCACAUUAUGCAUGUGUCUUAAUACGAUAUAAAUUCCAACGUUUCCUUGGCGAACUUCCAGUAUUUUUUAGUUGUGUAAAGAAGACAUACGUCUUGAAAUAUCCUCGUGUAGAGUCCCACAGACACGUGAUACAGCUUGAUAAAAUGUCUGUGUCAAAACACAUAAUACCUGUAUGUUUUCUUGUAUAUUUCCAACCAUAAUUUAUGGAACAGAUUUCUUUCAUACACCCUUAUCAUAUUAUAUAGUCUAGAUUAAUAUCAUUUCCGCAACGUAUAUAACCAAUUGUUGUUUUUCCCAUGCUUUGAUAACAAAUAUGAUCACUUGUGCUGAUAAUUGUUAUUUUUUAUGCAAUAGUAAAGUUAAAUAUAUAAGUUACAUUUGAAUUUUCUGACUAGUAUCAUAUAACUUCUAAUUCUAUCAUCUGUAGAUAAGGUUAUUAUUUCCUCGCAAAAAGGUUGUGGAGGGGAUAUAGCAUUGGCUUUGUAUGACUAUACUUGAGCGAUUCGUACAUAAAGUCACAUUUUGUCAUUGCUCUAGCAAGUUCACCUCUAAAGGACCUUUAUCAAAUUCCAGACAUUGGCUAGGUAUGAGAAUAGCUCAAAUACUUUCAUGUUUGAAGGUGCCAAAGUUAACGUCAUCAUUUUAUUUAUAGAAUUUCUCAUCACUCUAGCAACUUCAUUCCUGCACGAAUUUCCAUAAAACUUCAUUAAUGGUCAACUUAUGAGAAUACAUGUACCUCAAGCAAGUUUACUUUUAAGGGUCCCAAAGUCAUGGUCAUUGUAACUAUUUAUAGAAAGUAUUUAUCGCUUUAGUGAAUUUAUUUCUGAAAGGAAUUUGAUCAACAUAAUAUGUUGCUCUAGUAUGAGAACCCCUACCAGUUCUUGUUUCAGGGAGCCACGAGCAAUGUGACUGUUACUUUUUGUAAGCCCGCAUGUAACGUAGGGAUGUAUUAUGGUUUGACAUUAUUCAUUCGUCUGCCUGUCUGUCUGUCCGUACACAUAUUGUUCACAAUAGCAUGUCUGACUCGUACAUUUGUCAUUCUUUCUUAGACAUACCAAACUUUAUCAGAUUGUUCCCCAAGAGUGUUCUCAGUAAUUUAUCUUUUCAACUUUUUGUAUCAAUUCAGCUGAAGAAGAUUGCUGCCCAUAACACAGGGUUGUGUGAUGACAAUGACACAAGGUCAUUUCCCCAAUGUCAAGGUCAUAGAGCAUCAACAUCUUCAUGUGUCCAUAAGUUUUAGUACGUUUCAAUAAAAUGAUUUACUUCAGUUGUCUUUUCUGUAUUCUGCCCUUUUUGCCUAAUACAGUUUGAACCAUACCUUGAUAUAAUAUUUAUCUGUAUAAUGAUCUGGAGUCUUGGGUUUGAAUCCUGGCCUGGUCCAGUUGUAAGCAGUAUGUUAAUGUAACAGUAUAAUGAUUGGAAGUUCUUGGCUCGAACCCUGGACCAGUUGUAUUUUGAUGCUCGGCAGGUUCGGGCAUUUACCCAAUAUAUUUCACAAUGUCAUCCAACAACAAUUGUAGAAUGCAGCAUGAUUUUUUACAUAAAAAUAUUCACUUGUUUUGGAAUUUAUUAUUUUCCUUGCAUAUUCUUGAAAAAAAAUGUAAUACCUUUCCAUGGCCAUUUUGAAAGAAAGAUAUUUUGUGGUGGUUUUUUUUUGCAGUAUUUAUUAAUUGUCUGUAUUCUGUAUAUAACAAUAUACUGUUACUUUGGAAACCUAAUUUUAUCAGUCUGAACAAUGAGACAGAUAUAACACGUGUAUAUGUACUUAAAAAUUAAAUAUAAUUUACAUGUCACACGAUUCUGUAUAAAGUGAAAAGAAUGUUUUGUGCUUACAUGAUGUAGAAUGUUUCUUCAGGAAUGUUUACAUCAAUUUAAAUAUUCUAGUAUAAUGUAUUUAUGGAUAUCGCAUUAUAAUAGAGAAAACAGGUUGGAUGCCUUUGAUUGGGAGAUAAUAAUAGUAUGGUAGUGAAAUGUGAAUUGUACUGAAAUAUAUUUGUAUUGUGAACUUUGUGAAAACAAUUACAUGACUUUGUGUGAAGAAUUGACACAAUUUGUAUAAUAAACAGCAUUAUGUAUAG